CAAGGAAGGGGAGAGGAGCCGGAGUCAGGAGACUGCACAGGCCGGAAAGUCUGCGGAGCGCGCCAGGCCCCUGGCUCGCCCGGGCUCCAAGUCCCGCGUCGCCGCCCUGGCGGGGACGGUGCAGCAGGCGGCGGGAUGCGGCGGGGCGGCAGCCUGAGCGCCCCCGAUGGCCCGCGGCGGGGCGGCCUGCAAGAGCGACGCGCGGCUGCUCCUGGGGCGGGACGCGCUGCGGCCGGCGCCCGCGCUGCUGGCCCCAGCCGUGCUGCUGGGCGCCGCGCUAGGCCUCAGCCUCGGCCUCUGGCUCGGCUGCCGCGCGGGCCGCCCGCGCCCGCGACACCAGAAAGACGACACUCAAAAUCUGCUCAAGAAUUUGGAGUCUAAUGCGCAGACCCCCUCGGAAACCGGCUCCCCAUCGAGGAGGAGGAAGAGAGAAGUGCAGAUGUCGAAGGACAAGGAAGCUGUUGAUGAAUGUGAGCCGCCUUCCAACAGCAAUAUCACAGCAUUUGCCCUGAAGGCCAAAGUCAUCUACCCCAUCAAUCAGAAGUUCCGGCCUCUGGCCGAUGGCUCCUCCAACCCAUCUCUGCAUGAAAACUUAAAGCAAGCUGUUUUGCCACACCAGCCAGUAGAAGCCUCUCCUUCCAGCAGCCUGGGGAGCCUGAGCCAGGGUGAGAAGGACGACUGCAGCUCCUCAUCCAGCGUCCCCUCGGCCACCAGCGACGACAGGUUUCUUAGCCGCACCUUCCUCAGGGUGAAUGCCUUCCCUGAGGUGCUGGCCUGCGAGAGUGUAGACAUCGACCUGUGUAUCUACAGCCUUCACUUAAAAGACCUGCUGCAUUUGGACACGGCACUGAGGCAGGAAAAGCAUAUGAUGUUUAUUCAGAUUUUUAAAAUGUGCCUCCUUGACCUUCUUCCUAAAAAGAAGUCAGAUGAUGAAUUAUACCAGAAGAUCCUUUCAAAACAAGAAAAUGAUUUGGAGGAACUAGAAAAGGGACUUCGGGUCAAACUGUCAAACACAGAAAUGUCGGGGGCUGGUGACUCUGAGUACAUCACCCUGGCUGAUGUGGAAAAAAAGGAGAGAGAAUACUCUGAACAGCUAAUCGAUAAUAUGGAAGCUUUCUGGAAACAGAUGGCAAACAUCCAGCAGUUUCUUGUGGACCAGUUUAAGUGUUCCAGCUCCAAAGCCCGACAGCUCAUGAUGACUCUGACGGAAAGAAUGAUUGCAGCCGAAGGGCUAUUGUGCGAUUCUCAGGAGCUGCAGGCUCUGGAUGCCCUGGAGAGGACGAUGGGGCGGGCACACAUGGCAAAAGUGAUUGAGUUUCUGAAGCUGCAAGUCCAGGAGGAGACCAGGUGCCGGCUGGCUGCCAUCUCCCGCGGCCUGGAGCUGCUGGCUGGUGAGGGGAAGCUGUCUGGGCGGCAGAAGGAGGAGCUGCUCACGCAGCAGCACAAGGCCUUCUGGCAGGAGGCAGAGCGCUUCAGCCGGGAGUUUGUCCAGCGAGGCAAAGACCUGGUCAAGGCAUCUCUGGCUCACCAGGUGGAGGGGACGGCAAAACUCACGCUGGCCCAAGAGGAGGAACGGAGAAGCUUCCUGGCUGAGGCCCAGCCAACUGCUGACCCGGAAAAGUUUCUCAAGGCUUUUCACGAGGUCCUGGAGAGGCAGAGUCUGAUGCGGUGUGACCUGGAGGAAGAGGAGCACGUCAGAGCCACUGAGGCUGUGGUUGCGCUCUGCCAGGAGCUGUACUGCAGCACCGUGGACACUUUCCAGAAGUUCGUGGACGCCCUGUUCCUUCAGACGCUCCCUGGCAUGACUGGCCUCCCCCCGGAAGAGUGUGACUACUUGAGGCAGGAAGUCCAGGAGAACGCUGCCUGGCAGCUGGGGAAGUCAGAUCGCUUCCGGAGGCAGCAGUGGAAACUCUUCCAGGAGCUCCUAGAGCAAGACCAGCAGGUGUGGAUGGAGGAGUGUGCGCUGUCCAACGUGCUGCAGACACACCUGCGGGAGGACCACGAGGGCACCAUCCACGGCGUCUUGGGCCGACUGGGUGGCCUCACUGAAGAGUCCACGCGGUGUGUCCUGCAGGGGCAUGACCUGCUGUUGCGCUCAGCCCUCCGGAGGCUGGCACUCCGUGGCAACGCCCUGGCCACCCUGACGCAGAUGCGGCUGUCGGGGAAGAAGCACCUCCUGCAGGAGCUGCGGGAACAGCGUGCACUGGAGCAGGGGUCCUCCCAGUGCCUGGACGAGCAUCAGUGGCAGCUGCUCAGGGCCCUGGAGGCGCGUGUGCUGGAGGAGGCCAGCCGGCUGGAGGAGGAGGCGCAGCAGACGCGGCUGCAGCUCCAGCAGCGGCUCCUGGCCGAGGCCCAGGAGUUGGGGCAGCUUCUGCAGCAGCACAUGGAGUGCGCCAUUGGGCAGGCGCUGCUGGUGCACGCACGGAAUGCGGCCACCAAGAGCUGGGCCAAGGACAGGGAUGACUUCAAGAGGACACUGAUGGAGGCGGCAGUGGAGAGCGUCUACGUGACCAGCACUGGUGUCAGCCGCCUGGUGCAGGCGUAUUACCAGCAUAUCGGAAGGAUCAUGGAGGACCACGAAGAGAGAAAGCUGCAGCACCUGAAGACCCUGCAGGGUGAGAGGAUGGAAAAUUACAAACUGCGGAAAAAGCAAGAACUCAGCAACCCUUCAUCGGGCAGCAGGACGGCCGGUGGUGCUCAUGAGACCUCCCAGGCAGUCCACCAGAGGAUGCUGUCCCAGCAGAAGAGGUUCCUGGCCCAGUUCCCGGUGCACCAGCAGAUGCGUCUGCACGCCCAACAGCAGCAGGCAGGAGUCAUGGACCUUCUGGAAGCCCGGCUGGAGACCCAGCUACAGGAAGCUGAACAGAACUUCAUCUCCGAGCUGGCAGCCUUGGCCCGAGUGCCCCUCGCUGAAAGCAAACUGUUCCCCGCUAAGCGUGGGCUGCUGGAGAAGCCCCUAAGGACUAAAAGGAAGAAGCCCCUGCCCCGGGAAAGAGGGGACCUGGAGGUGCCCAACGAUGAGGACCUUGCCUCUGGGGACCACACCUCAGGCUCACUCAGCAGCAAAAGGCUGAGUCAGCAAGAAAGUGAAGCUGGGGACAGUGAGAACUCAAAGAAGAUGCUAAAGAGAAGAAGCAACUUAUAGUUUAAGACCAGUCAGCGGGACAGGACCUGAAGCCCUGGGUCUGGGUGUGAAUUCCGCCUUCCCUCCUGCAGUGCUGAGACGCAGCAAGGACAGAGAGGACAGCAGCAUCUCUAGGCUCUUCUGAGAGGGACGGAGAAAGAAAGAAUCGAAAUGUGCCCUAAAAGCAUAAAUGAGUAUGGUGGGCGCUAUCUCCUGAGAAAAUUAGGCAUUCCCGUGUUGGAAACACGUCUCUGUGAGUUUGCAUUUCAUUUGGCUUGGAGCCCUGGCUCGAUGCCUCAUGGAUCUUUCUCCCUCAGGAGGGACCUCUCGAGGGGUCCGAGCCUCAGGCCAAGGACCCCUGAUGCAGACUCUGGAAUCCCUGGCCCAAAGGCCUGUCCUGGCCCAUCUGGGGCUGAGGACACACAGAUACAUAAUGACACCUGCAGAAAUGUAUUCUCUGAGGACACUUAGAAUAUGAGGAAGAGGGUGUGGCCCAACCCUCACUUCACCUGGGGAGGGGCUUCUUCCAGACAGUACACACCCUGCCCCUGCAGAGAGAUGUCGUGGGGGCACCUGCUCUCCCUGAUAGAUGUUGACAGCAUCCAGAAACUUCCAGACCAGCCCUCCCACCACACCCAGGAGAGGCCGUUCCCACCUGGAGAGAAGCUUCCAGACCAGCCCUUCACACCACAGCCAGGAGAGGCCUUUCCCACCUGUAGAGAAGCUUCCAGACCAGCCCUUCACACCACAGCCAGGAGAGGCCUUUCCCACCUGGAGAGAAACUUCCAGACCAGCCCUUCACACCACAGCCAGGAGAGGCCUUUCCCACCGGGAGAGAAGCUUCCAGACCAGCCCUUCACACCACAGCCAGGAGAGGCCUUUCCCACCGGGAGAGAAGCUUCCAGACCAGCCCUUCACACCACAGCCAGGAGAGGCCUUUCCCACCGGGAGAGAAGCUUCCAGACCAGCCCCUCGCACCACAGCCAGGAGAGGCCUUUCCUGCCUGGAGAGAAGCUUCCAGACCAGCCCCUCACACCACAGUCAGGAGGAGCUGUUCCCACCUUGAGAGAAGCUUCCAGACCAGUCCCUCACACCACAGCCAGGAGAGGCCUUUCCCACCUGGAGAGAAGCUUCCAGACCAGCCCCUCACACCACAGCCAGGAGAGGCCUUUCCUGCCUGGAGAGAAACUUCCAGACCAGCCCCUCACACCACAGCCAGGAGAGGCCUUUCCCACCUGGAGAGAAAACUACAUACCAGCCCCUCUUACCACAGUCAGGAGAGGCCUUUCCUGCCUGGAGAGAAGCUUCCAGACCAGCCCCUCACACCACAGCCAGGAGAGGCCUUUCCCACCUGGAGAGAAAACUACAUACCAGCCCCUCUUACCACAGCCAGGAGAGGCCUUUCCCGCCUGGAGAGAAGCUUCCAGACCAGCCCCUCACACCACAGCCAGGAAAGGCCUUUCCCACUGGGAGAGAAACUUCCAGACCAGCCCCUCACACCACAGCCAGGAGAGGCCUUUCCCACCUGGAGAGAAACUUCCAGACCAGCCCCUCUCACCACAGCCAGGAGAGGCCUUUCCCACCUGGAGGGAAACUUCCAGACCAGCCUCUCACACCACAGCCAGGAGAGGCCGUUCCCACCUGAAGGGAAAAUUGCUCCUUUGGUGGAGGUUAGGGACUGUCACCCUCAGCACUGUGAACAUAUCGGGCGAGAUCAUUCUUCAGGAGAAGGAGCUGCCCAGAACAUCACAGGAUGUUCCAGUGUCCCUGGCCUCUGCCCACCAGAUGCCAGCACUCCCACCAGUCGUGGCAGCCAAGAAUGUCUCCAGACACUGCCCCGUGUCCCUAGGGUAUCACCCACUGCGCUGAGUCAAAGGGUGCCUGCCCUGGUCAAAUCCAGGACAUAGCCAUGGAUAUGUCCACAAAUCCCCAGAACCUAGUGAGCCCAAUGGCUCUGGGAGCCCCUGUCUCAGGGAUUUUCUGGGCCAUUUGUGACUUUUCAUUUCUUAAAACCUGAAAUAGACUCUCUUAGUCAAGAACGAGUGACUCCUUCCCAGAAGUGGCCAAAACUUAAUCAUCAGCGCUCUUAGGUUCCUCACCCAUCAGCCAGUGGGCUCUCCAAAGUUAACCAACAGCUCCCUCUUGUGGUUCACUAAAAAACUUCGUUAUUCCAUGGAGUUGUGCAAAGCUAUGGCUUCCUUGGUGCAAUAUUCUUAGAACCUGCUUUGCAUAGAAAUCACUUUUUUUUUCUUUUUUUGAGACAGAGUCUUGCUCUCUCGCCCAGGCUGGAGUGCAGUGGCGCGAUGUCGGCUCACGGCAAUCUCCACCUCCCGGGUUCAAGCGAUUUUCCUGCCUCAGCCUCCCCAGUAGCUGGGACUACAGACGUGUGCCACCACGCCCGGCUAAAUGUUUUUUGUAUUUUAUUUUAGUAGAGACGGGGUUUCACCAUACUGGCUAGGCUGCUCUCGAACUCCUGACCUCGUGAUCUGCCCGCCUUGGUCUCGCAAAGUGCUGAGAUUAGGCGUGAGCCACCGCACCCGGCCAGAAAUCACUUUUAUAUUGUCAUAUGGGCCCUCUGCACAGAGCCCGAUGGCUCCCCCAAGGGAAGCCUGAUUUUGUGACGUGUGUAUGGUAAAUGCAGGCCUUCCGGCAGCACCAUAAUUGGUCAGUUACCCUGAGCCCAAAGCUCUGAAAGCAUCUGUGGAAUGAUCAGGGGACCCUUCUCCUCUGAGAAGGCUCCCACCUGCCUCCCCGCCACCGAGCUUGUAGCCUGACUGCCUGGCUGUCGCAUGGAGCAUUUUGCUUCUGGGGUGUCUUCCUUAGCCAAAGGGAAUGUGUCAUUUGCUGCUCGACCCUGGCCCACCCUUGCCGCUCAGCUGUUGUGCUGGGCACAGUCUGGGGCACAGGCCUCCAUGACGAGGACGCAUGGGCUGUCGGUGCUUUCAUCCGUCACAAACUGGCACCUGUACCUGCCAGCGGGAGCAUGAUGGGGACUUCCACGCUGGAAUUGCUCCCUGAUCAAAAUGAGAUAUGGCUAUCUGGAAGACACUGCAUGCUAGCCAGUGUACCUGGGCACAGACUUGGGGCCACCCUGAAGCUGAUGAAGGCCUGAAGGACUGAAGGGCUGAGCCACAUGAAGGCAACACUCAGGACCAGGGGAGAGAGAAGAGGAUCGGCAGUGCAGCCCCAGGACGCCUCGCAGACGUGCCUUCUGCCAUGAUUGUGAAGCCUCUCCAGCCACAUGGAACCUUUUCAGAAGAACUGGUUGUUAAAGAGCACCUCUGCCUUCUUCCUCUGUCGCCAUGUGAUCUCUGCACACGCUAGUUCUCCUUCGCCUUCUGCCAUGCUGGAAGUAGCCUGAGGCCCUCACCAGAAGCAGAUGCUGGCACCAUGCUUCUUGUACAGCCUGCAGAGCCGUGAACCAAGUAAACCUCUUUUCUUUAAUUACCCAGCUUCAGGUAAUCCUUUAUAGCAAUGUAAAUGGACGAAAACAGACACUAAUUCAUGGUACAGCUCUAUAAUGUAACAUACGCAGAUAUUAAAAAGGGCAUCUGUGAGGUUGUUACUGAUGUUGGAAACCAUCUAUGUUAUUGUUGGUACCAAAUGAAGUCACCUAUCAACCUGCCAACAGGCUGGCUGACAGCAGUGGUGCUGUGGGCCUCAGGAGGACUAAGAGUGAAACUGAGAGAACGAGAGUGGGGAGGGGCCCUUCCAGGAGGCUUUUAACUUCAUUGUUAUUCUUGUUCUAAGAGCAACGGGGAGGAGGAUUUUCUGUCCAUGUUUAAUUGCAUAACUCCAGAACAGAGGUCCAGUUUGCAAACUCCUUGAGAGCUUGUCUUGUUGCACCCAGACAGCUUUUCCCAGGAUUGAAGCCAAUCCCUCUUUUGCUGACUGAGCAUCACAUGACUAUUAGCAUUCUAUUUAGGGUCCAUUUUGUGCAAAAAUAUUAAACACUGGAAGCUCUUCCAUGAAAGUCUUAUGGAGAGUGAGAUGAAUGGGGAGGCCUCCCUGAUUCUUGCCCCCUCUGCAUAAUCACUGAAUCAGACACUUCCUGAAUGGAUAAGAGGUUCUGCCACCACGCAAUCUAAAUUGAUAACGUCAUCCUCUCUCUCUCUCUUUGCCCCUUCCACUCUCUCUUUUGCUAAGCAUAUCGCCUUUCCUGACCAGGAGUUAGCAAACUGGUCCAUUGACCAAAUCCAGCCCACUGCCUGUUUCUGUACAGUCCAUGACCUGAGAAUAGUUUGUACAUUUUCAAAUGGCGAUUGAAUAUAACAUCCUAGUUGUUGACAUCCAAGAUGUUGCCUCUUAGCUUACAAAGCCUAAAGUAUUUACUAUCUGGCCUUCUAAGAAAAAAAAUCAUCAUAUUCUUAGUACCUAGCACAGUGUGGAACCCAUGCAACGCCUCAAAGAGUUUGCAGGACAAAAUUCCAAUUCAACUUUCUCAAUGUGUGCGUGCCUGCCCUCAUGUGGCCAUCUAACAAAAUCGCAGAUACACCACCCUGAGACCUCAAGAAAGUUAGGAGGGAUCAGGUCAGUAUCUAAUUUUGUUCCCACACAUUUGUUGAGCACCAAGUCCUGGUAUUUUGACACUGGAUUUCUUGGGGCUUCCGUUUCCUCUUUAAAUAAAUAGAGUAUAAUGUUACUCUAUGGAGUAGUGAGGAUAAAAUAAAAUCAUGGGUUAUGAAAGUGCUUAGUACACUGCAGUGGGUGAACAGGCUAAAGACGUGCGCAGAGCGCAUGCCCUGCGAAUGGCGGCUACCCUCAUCUCUUGUUCAUCCCCACCACUCCAUGUUGAAGAGUGUGGAAGUGUCCCCAAAUGUGUGUAAGGAUGAGCACUGGGACAAUUUUGGUACCUCUCUUUGUAAACCCAGAUCACGUACCACCAUAUUGCCCCCCUAACAUGGACCCCCCUCUGCUUGGUGACCAUGCCAGCCCACUCUGCCCCACCAGUGAGAACAGGCUCGGGUGGGGCACACUCCCUUCCCUGCUUCUUCAUCUAGUGUCCAAGGCCACGUGUCCAUUUCCUCAGAAGCAGCAGGAAGGACUCGGCCUGAACUGCUGCAGUUGUGGGGAGCCUGGGCCACCAGUCGUUCCUACCUGAUAAGCUGAAGUUGGACUGGUGGAGGUUUCUGAUGGGUGGGGGCUGGUGUUUAGAAGGCGAAGAUUUGGCUGAAGGAGCGGGAGUUGCAUAUUUGGGUGUAGCUGGUACCUCAUACACAGGACCGUCAUACAUGCCCCUGGAAACCCCUUGCAAUCCAAAAACCUAAACAGAGGAAGGGAGAGCGUGAUUGAUCGACUCUGUGCACGUGUGCCCUUCUGGGCAGAUAAAGCAGAGCCCUGUGGGCGAGAGAGAAACCUGAGGUCACUUCGAAUGUGCAUGCACACACACACACACACACAUUUGCACCUCACACACAUGCACCCACACACAGGCAUUCAUACACACAAGCAUGCAUACACACACAUCUACAUACCCACAUGCGUACAUAUAGAUGCACACACCACACACAUGCACUCACGUACAUGCAGUCAUGCAUAUAUAUAUGCAUGCACAUGCAGUAAACAUGCCUACACAGUAGCAUACACAAGUGAACACGCACAUGCAGUAAAAAUGCCUAUAGUAGUAUACACAAGUGAACACGCACACACACUUAAACACAUGUACAGGUAUUCACACUCAAAGGCAUACACUCACAUGUAUACACAUGCAUACAUGCCCACACACAUACAUACACACUCAUACAGAUAUACACACCCGUAUAUACACUUACACACACGUAUACUCAUACACAUACACACAAAGCUUCAUGCAGGAGGACCCCAAAUCCCUUCCAAGAAGAAAUCACUUUCCCCGACACUGCUGUCUACCCACCCCCGGAAAGGACCCCUGAAUCCCAGACAGGCAGCAGCAAAGGGCCCAUCUUCAUGUAUGUUCUUGCAGAAGUCAACAGCAAGGCAAAGAUUUGGGGGGGCAGGUAGUUUGUUGGGAGAUGGUUCCAGAAAGGGGGAAGGAGUGGGGAGGUGAGAUAGGGAGGGAGAAAACUCAGUACAGAGGGACAAGGAGUUGGCCAGGUCUGUGGGGGCAGGGCUGGGGACGCCAUGGGGAGCACACCUCCGCACCGGCCUGCAGGAGGAUGGGGAAGGAGGGCAAUGGAGCCACAGCCCCAGCCCCAUUGGGAAAGGGUUGUGGGGGCGGAGACCCUGAAAGCAGCAGGGCUUCCAGGCAGGAGGCUGUCAGCCUGCUGGGAACGGCCAACAGCAGCCCAGGUGACCUCAGGGGUGGCCAAGGUUGGGAGGGCACCUGCUCCAGACUCUGGAGAACAGCAUGUGUUCAGGGACCUGUACAGGGUCCCAGCAUGAGUCAGUGGCAGUGCCCUAACCCAACAUGGGGCUUCAUCCUCUACAGCAGGUGACAGUGCCCUGACCCCAGCCCUGGCUCCCUCCUCUGCAGCAGGUGAUAGCAAACUGAUCCCCAACUCUGGGCUCCUGUCUCUCCAUAGGAGGAAGCCUCAAUUUUAGCACUAAGUUCAAAGACCCAGCACCUGCACAUCACGUCGACAGCCCUCCCCUCUGUCCCUGGAGCCCUGCUCCCCGACUCUCUGAGCCUCACUGUAUCCUGUCCACUCUCCUCUGUGGCUGCGGCACUGCUUCCUGGGUGAGGCCCUUCAUCACUCCCUGAAGCUCAGGUGGCCAGAGGCAGGCUCUGGUGCAGGUCUCUCCCUCACCUGGCCUAGCUCCUGCAGGCAUGAAGGAAUCCCUGUGCAAUGGGACCCCCGAUCCUGUUGCUCCUGCAAACUGCUGUCUUGGCAUUUGGGGUCAGAUGUCUGCUCUCACGGAAGCUGACUGUUAACCGCAGGCCUCAGGUUCAGACCAAGAAGGAAAUGAAGCCAGCCAAGGGGUGUUUCUGCCUCUUCGGUGGGUGUCCUAGCCAGGGAUCUCCAUGAGUCCCCUGUCCUCACAUGACCUGCUGCCUGUGCCUGGCCUUGUCUCGGAUCUGACGUGUUGCUGCCCCAUCCCUUGCUUCCCCAUCCGGUGCGAAGCAUCUGUGUGACUUGGUGUCUUUGACCUGGUGCUACACCUUAUGGAAGCUGGGGAGGGACCAAAACCAGACGCAGAGCCUCCCAGUCGGGGCUGGAGCCUGGGAAUGCAGGAAGGUCUCUGGACUUUUCCAUCUCAGUUGGUGCCACUUAAGAAGCACACAAAGAGCAGGACCACACAGGUACACACACGCCACACACACACACACUCCAACACAUGCACACACAUCCCCAAAUGCAUGCAUACACAUGUGCAUGCAUGUACACAUGCACACAUAACACACACAUACACACAUGUACACACAUACACACACACACGAAGCUGGCCUUUCUGGCAAACAUCAGCUGUCUCAUGGGGAAAGCAGCUGCCAUGGGGAUGGGAGGGCCUGGCUAGGGAAGAUGUUGGCCACGGGUGGGAGUCUCUCUCGGCUGUGAGAAAGUUCCCUCCUCUGAGUUGCUCUAAAGUUAGGAAUAGAGCCCACUCCUUCCCUUUGACAGAUGUCCUGAGGUCAGUGCUAAGGUUGUUCAAGGAAAAUAAGGAACGACAGGGCAGAAACAUCAAGGGAGGAAGGAAAGGAAGAAAGGGUGGAUCUGAAGGGAGACACCAGGGGUAAUGCCUUGCUGCAAAGGGCCAGACCCGAGGGUUCUGGGCCGUGACUCUGGCUAAGCCCUUCAUGGCUCUGGGCUGCAAAAGGAGGAUCACAGCACUUCCAGUGGGUGGGCAGGAUUGCCUAAGACGACUCAAGACAGCACCCAGAGCAGCUUGGUAAGCGUCCUUCCCAUGAUCCACCCACCCUCACGGGUGCACACCCCUCUAACAGUUUGCGAAGCCCGGGAACUUGCAGGUCCUCAUUUGAUGCUCACUCCUGUCCUGAGACAGGAGCCCAGACCAGCGUCUCAGCCCAUUUAACAGAUAAGGAAAGGGAGGUUCCCAGGGCGAUGACAUUAUUAACUCCGCACACGUCAGAUCUCGAUUCCCCAAGAGACGCUGUCGGCUCUGGUCCCACGGGUGGGCCCACUCCCCUGCAGACACACUCACCUUAUUCCUGAUUUUGACGCGCUGGUACAGGUGCUCCGGGAACGGCUUCCGGGGAAUGAAGCGGCCCAUGCCCUUGUUGACGUUGAUGUUUCCGUCUUCAAAGACGAUCUUGCCCUGGCUGAUGACCACUAGUGGGGAGCCGUGGCACUCCAUACCCUCGAAGAUGUUGUACUCCACCGCCUGCACCAACAGCCUCAGCGUUACUUCCCAGGGUUUGCUCUGCUCCAAUCGAGCUGUUCAUAACAGCGAUUUUGCCUAACAUUAUAUCAUAAGUGUGUUCCAAUGUUUUUUUUUUUCUCUCUAAAAAUACCUUUUAUUGACUGUGUAAUAUUCCACUGUAUGGUCCACAGUGUAUAUAACCAACAACUCACCAUUGGGCAUGUCGGCUGCUGGUGGCUUUCUAUAAUCAAAUCAAUAUUGUUCUGGGGCAUCACAAACAGGAAGGGGGUCCCCCUGGGGUUAUGCAAUGUGGCUGCUUUGACUAUACUGGACAUAGAAAUAAAUAAAAUGUUCUUUAUUUAAAA